AUGCCAACAUACCACUUACCAUUACAUCAAAGAUAUGAAAUUAUUUUUUUAUCAAAACAUAAAAAAGGUCCGAGACUUACUAACAGAAAAGUUGCUAGACUCAUCCAUUGUGAUGAAAAAACAGUACGAUAUUGGAGAGCUCGUUGGAAGGAAUCAAAAGAUUUAUCUGACGAAUCAAAAUCAGGUCGACCUCGUUUAACAACAUCGUCAGAAGAUAAAAUGAUUUUAAAUGAAAUAGAAGAAAAUGAAGAUGCAAACAGCGUAUCAAUUGCUCCUGGUUUAAAGCGAAAAAAAAUGGAAAUUAGCUCUCGAACAGUUCAACGACGAUAA